UCUAGCCUCCUUUGCCGCCAUCUUUGUUGAGGGCGGAUAACUUGUACGCCAAGAUGGUCUUUCAGUGCAGUUCCACUUUCUCCUCCACGGUUCAGGUUCUCAAACUAUGAUGGAAAAGGACGAGAAAGAGUCGGAGCCGAAGAGUGAUCUUUACUCUGAAGCUUGUCGAGCGUCGCGCUGUGACGUCACGGUCGGCGUCUCCGCCAUCUUAGUUGUGGUUAAAGAGGUGGCCACUUCGGAAGUGGCUGCUUGUGUGCUGCCGGGUAGAUGCUCAGGCUAUGUGGGCUUGGCGUGGUGCUGAGCCUGGUCGCGGCGGCGGCGGCGGUCAUGACCGUGUGGUUGAUGGACUGGUGGGGCCCAGAGGGUACCCCCUCUGGCCUUCGCCUCUUCGUACCCGAGGAGCUAGCCCGCUAUCGCGGCGGCCCAGGGGACCCGGGUCUGUACUUGGCGUUGCUCGGCCGCGUCUACGACGUGUCCUCAGGCCGGAGGCACUACGAACCUGGGGCGCACUACAGCGGCUUCGCAGGCCGGGAUGCAUCCAGAGCCUUUGUGACAGGAGACUAUUCUGAAGCUGGCCUCGUGGAUGAUGUCACUGGCUUGUCCUCCUCUGAGAUACUGAUACUUCACAAUUGGCUUUCAUUCUACGAGAAAAAUUAUGUAUUUAUCGGGAGAUUGGUAGGAAGGUUCUACAGAGAGGAUGGGCUUCCCACGUCAGAACUAACACAGGUAGAGGCCAUGGUAACUAAAGGCAUGGAAGCAAAUGAACAGCAACAGAGAGAAAAGCACAAGUUCCCUCCAUGUAAUGCCGAGUGGAGCUCCGCCAAGGGUGGCCGGGUGUGGUGCUCCCAAAAGAGUGGAGGUGUGACCAGAGACUGGAUUGGUGUCCCCAGGAAGAUGUAUAAGCCAGGGGCCAAAGAGCCCCACUGUGUGUGUGUGAGAACAACUGGUCCCCCUAGUGACCAGCAAGACAACCCUAGACACUCAAAUCGUGGGGACUUGGACAAUCCCAACUUGGAAGAAUACACAGGCUGCUCACCUCUGGCCAUGGCGUGUUCCUUCCCACUCUGAGAUGGUGUCCUGUGUGUUGAUGACACAUGGAGAACCUUCCCUACAUCUCCAGGAAGCCCUUAAUGCUUAUGCUGUAGGAGGCUCCUGGCAUGAAAACAGGAGGGUCACAGACACCAGCCUCACUCUGCAAAUGUGAGUCACGAUUCUAUUGACUGAGAUAAGAGCCUGAUAGCCUGCCUGGUAUGUUCAAUUUGUUUUGACACUGUUUGGAACCUUGGUCCCCUGUCAUCUUCCUUCAGAGCCUGCAGACAUUCAUGAACACAGUGUGAUCAACAUAGAACUGCCUGGAUAGAGAGCCUGUGUGCUCCAGCAAGGGACUUUGCAUGAACUCAUUGCUGCCCUACCCAGAGCUUGUGCUCUUCCCAUCAUGCCAGUCCUGCUGGUACUUGGAGCUAUAACAGAAGAAGACUGUUGUGACUCUCAGCAGAGGAGCAGGCAUUUCCCAAGAAGCUGCGCAUCUUGCAGAAUCAAGGUAACUGUUCUAAGUCACAAGGUAAUUGUCUAAGCUUGCAGAACAGUCAACUUUAAUGACAUUUCUAAACCUCUACUCCAAGGAAAACUUCAAUUUACUGACUCCAUCAGAACUGGGCUGGUACAGUGAGAUGUGAAAAUACACAGGGAUGGGCUGAUUCUGGGCUAGGUAACUUUUUACUUACACAGACGGAGCACACCCAGAUUCCCCCUGCCCAAGUGGACAUUAAGCAGCUCCCUUCCCUCAUAUCAUUAAUGUGAAAUUUUUCCUCUACUCCCUGAGUUUCUAUAACUACCACACAUUUUGAAAGGGGCUUUUCAACCCCAUUCACUGCCAAAAAUUCCCCUUUUUUCUCUGCAGGGGUCAGUUCUUACUGAUCUUUAUUGUUGUUGCUCAUUUUAGUUUUUGAGACAGAGUCUCCUGUAGCUCUGACUGUCCUGGAAGCUCCUAGGUAGACCAGGCUGGCAUGGAACUCACAGGGAUCUAUCUGUCUCUGCCUUUCAAGUAUUGGGAUUAAAGACCUGUGCCGCUAUGCCUUGCAAAUUCUUACCUCUUUUGAUCUCUGCUACUUUUUUAAAAAAUUACUUGACUUUUUGAGAUAGGAGUUCAUGUAUCCAGGCCAGCCUUGAAUUCAAUAUGUAGUCAUGUGCUCCCAUGCUCAGUUUAUGCAGUACUAGGGAUUGAACCAAAGCUGUAUGCAUGCUAGGCAAGCAUUUUACCAACUGAGCUACAUCCCUAGGCCCUAAAUCUUCAUAGCUCUUGACUCUGUUGACCAUGCUGUCCUGCACAGUCCCUAUAAAGUCCUCACUUGCUGCACUGAUCACACUGCAGUGCCUCCUUCUGUGUCUCUGAAAGCUUCGUCCCUAGGAACCCUCUUUGGCUUUUCUUUCUCCUCCUUCAGGCAGUACACUGCUAGGCUGUAUUUCUGAUCCAAAGGGCUUGAAAAUAAAGAAACUUGUGAGCUCUUUC